UACAAAUAUUAGAAAUCACAAUACGUAAUGUAAAAGAAGAUACAUUUUAUUUAUUUGGAGAAAGUUAUUAUGCGUGCACAAGUUGAAAACUAUAGUGAAUGAAUGACGUCAUGGGUCUUGAAGAUACUGAAAAUGAAUAUUUAUCUUCAAACUUCUUCAAGGUUGGACGUAUGCGUGAGAGCAAUGUCCCUCAAGAUACGCAACUUCGAUUGCGUAAAUCUCCACGUAAGAGAUUCAAGAUAGUUCAAACAUCAGUGUCACUCGUGAUCGAGCAAUUGAAGAACAUCUUUCGAUAUCCUAGCAAUUUUAUGUCGCAGAUACGAAUACGUCGAAACUGGCGUCCGGAAUUCUUAACGAGAUAUCUUUGCGAUAAUCAACGCGAUUAUAACGGUGAAUAUAAUAUGUUGCGACAUGAUAAAAGAAGUUUCGUUUUGGAAGCCCCCAGAAUCUACUCUAUUGGUUUGCAUUUCGCGAAAGAUUUGAGCGAAAACGAUGGUCUCUCAAGCUCAUAUGAUGCAAUAAGAAACUUUAAGAAACGUCUUAAUAUUAUUCGCAGGCCAAUCAUGUGCAAAUAUUGGGAUGCACAGUCAAACUUAUCAGCGGAUAUAUCUUUUGAAGUGCACACAAAUCACCAAACAGUGAUAAUCGGUUGUACAGAUUCCGCAAAGAUUAUCUCUAGAUGUGAUCAGAAUAAAAAAAGUAAUCAUGAUUCCCAUCGUGAUCAAUCAUAUAAAUAUAUUGAAAGGAAGGAAGAUGGCGAUACAUCAGAUACUUUACAAAACGAUUACACUUCUGGCGAUUGCUCUUUUAUUCGUGACAACUUUAAAAAUCUCCCUGUAAAAAAAAACCACAAAUGCGUUAAUUCUUGCAUGACUAAAGAUGCACAAAUUCAAACUUCGAGCAGAAAGAGUUUACGGCGAAGAAAAACAAAGAGGAGAUCGAGGUUAAUGACCGAGAAGAUUUGUCAUCGCCAACAUUGCGAUGACGAGAGUCAGACAAUCGCCACGGGUUUGCAUAACUCAAGCGGAAGAAGCCAUCGUGAUGAACCGUGGCUAUGUGUUCGACUUCUGGAGAGCAAGCGCGCCGAGUAUAUCAAUAAAUUCACGGCCGUGAAUCGGCAGAUAGAGGAGAUAACGGCAACGUUACGGGAAACCUGCUGCAGCGACGAGAAUUUGCGAAGUAAUCCAGAAAAUUGUGGAGGACACUUUUCAUCGACAUGCGUCGACACGAAAGUAAAUACGAUACGGGAUGAGAGUAGGUCGACAAUUGCGAAAGGAAAAAAUAUGUUAGAGGAAAAGGGCGAUUUAUUAAAUGUUAAAAGAACUACCGGAGAAUCGAGAAAUGACCGAAAUAAACAUACGCAAGAGAUAUCGCACAUUGAUAAUCUUAAUAAUGGAACAGUCUCAAAGAAUACCAUUGCCUCGACGGGAAAUCCUGAAAAGAUUCCACACUUUUUUUUCGGAUGUGAUUCCGCUCGAGCGUUCGCGAUAAAGGAGAUGGUUCAUCCUUCAAAUAAAACUUUCAAGAGUAAGACGAAAGUAAAAGGUCGCUUCGUCAAACGCACUCCCUCCGACUUGGAUUUAAUAAAGGAUGACGAUGACGAGUUUCAAGAAUUCUCGAUUGAAAAUGAAUCUUUCGAUGAAGUUUGUCCGAAAAAUGAUUUUGCAAUUUCAAGGGAUGAUAAACAUACGAGAGACUUAACUGCGGGACUUGCUGAUUUGGAAGAAGCGAGAUAUCGCAAGAAAAUCGUCGAGGAGAAGAUAGGCGAGGUGGCCAUCUUGGAAAACAUUAAGAAGAGGAUAGACAGAGACUUUGACGAUCCUCCGUCUGAGAAGAGCGAAAACGACACGGAAGAUUUUUUUACUAUUUCUCAAAAAAGUAGUAAUCUCCAUCGUCGGUUUUAUGAUGUAGCUCCCAGUUCAGAAAAUGUGAUAUCACUUAUGAGGGUUAAAAAAUCUAAGUCCAUGCCGAUGAUUGCAUCGAGAUCAACAAAUUUCGAUUCAACGCAAUUUUGUAACCCGAUAUCGACUGACGUUAUGAGCGAAUACUUGAGCAAAAAUUCCACAAUUUCUAAAUAUUUCUCUUGCAUGCGGAUUCCAAGCCUGAUUUCGUCCACAAAGAACGAAAACAAAUCUGCUGUUGAGACUGUAAAUAAGAGUACAAUUGAUUCGAGUUCACGUUCAAACUAUCUUUACUAUGAUUGUUCUUAUUCAAACUUAAGUCUGAACUCACUUUCGAACUUGGACUCAAAUUUAGGUCGUUCGUAUUCCAACCCGGAAUACAUCGCGCGGCGUGAUCCAUCCGCGCAAUACACCCCGUCAAAUAAAUGUUUAAUCGAAACGAUGAACGAACCGAUCGACACGUUUGAGAUAUCCGAAGAUCGAGAAGGUUCCGCGGACAAUAAAAUAUAUGAUUGCGAACGUCGCAUUAUCGGAGCGAGUAAGAGAGAAGGGAAAGAAUCGUAUUUCGAACCUGAGAAACGAUACGCGGCCGAUUCCACGUUUGAAACGUCAAAGUUGUCGAGGUACGUUGGUUCGACAGAUUCGGGUGUGUUCAGUUCGUCUUUGAUCGAUCUCUACCCCCCUGAGAGCUCCUUCGACAUCGGUAAACCGGAGUUUAAAAGGAAAUGCUGCGCCAAAAAGCUCGACAAGUCGUCAAUUGUCGAUUCUGAUUCGGAGAGCAGUUGCACCGAUGACACGCUCGAUCGGAAAGUGAAUGACGUUGUGAGGAAUCUCACGAAGAAUCUGAUACUUUGCGAGAGAAGGGCGAAGAUGAGACUCAAGGCGAGAGACGCGUAUCACUCUCGGGAUAUAUUGUCAAGCGCUUGCAAACUGAAUGAAUGUCUCGUCGAUACUCGCUGCGACUUCUUCAGUUCGUCUCGACAGCUCAACGAAGAUGAGAGAAUCACGAGUAUCUCCACGCCAUCGCUCUUAUCGCUAUCGGACUCCGACAUUGAAGAUUGCGAAUUAAGACGUCAACAUCUUUUUUGUUGAUUUAGAUACGAAUCCACGUAUAAGUAUAAUAAUGUAAAAAAAAGACAUUAUUUUAAUUACACUUUUAUUAUACAAUUCAAUUUAGUAAAUUUGGACAUUUGACGAUA